UGAAAAUUACUGAUUAAUUAAAAGGGUCAUAUCAAUAUUGACUUAAGUAUACCAAAAUAUUUUUGUUAACCAAAAUAAAAAUUAUCACCAGUAAGGUAGAAAUUUUUGUUAUCUUUGUGUAUAUUUUACCAGAGAGAGCACAAACUGGAUUCGUCACUGCUUAAAACAGAACAAAAAAUCCCCCGAAGAAAAAGACAUGAGGUAAGACAUCCACGGCGAAUUUUCGUAGUUAGUUUGAUGUGACUAAUCUUUCUGUUGUCCAAAGCGUAUGUGAUAUGAUUGAUAUGAAUGAUCGUACCCAAUUGUAAAGAAAGCGUUUAAAAAAUUCCAGCUCUAGGAUUUUUUUCCACCGAUUUGUCUAAUUUGCCUGGGCUAUUCAUUGUGUUUGUGUUCACCAUUCCCAUACCAAGAAGAUCCAACAAGAAAACGUUUGUAACGUUCUUUCGUCGUCUUCUUAAAUGUUGGCUCUUUGCUUCCGCGUUGGUUUGAGUUGGCGAAAUCAGAAAAAUUAUAGAUAAGCAGAUUAACUUCAUCUUCAACGCAGACGAAAUCGCUAGUUUUGAAUAUAAAAAGAGAUGCCGAUUGCAAGUUUUAAAAUUGACACCCUGUAGGUAUCUACAAUUUCGUAAUCUUAUUAUAUACCCUGUUUAUUAUGAAAGGUGUUUAUUUCAAUUUAGCGUCAUAGUUGGCAGUAAUAUGAGUGUGUUGUGAACGGACCACAAUUUUUAAUACGCCCCGUGAAGUGUGAAAUGUCAGAUUAAACCUUUCAAUAUAAUGGUUUGUUCACAAUCAAACUUUCAUGGAUAGCUUUGACGCCAAAUUUAAAAAACCACCCGUUAUCUACAACAAACGUCCCAAAUACUUUAUUAUCUUCCUAACCUGAUUAUAAAAUUCAGUAAAAUGAAGGUGGUUAUCAUAUCAACACCUUAUGUGAUUUAAAUAUUUAUAAAUUAUUGCGUUUUUUUUUAAUUUGUAAUUGACACUUUGAAGAUAAAACCAACCAAAACCGUUUAUUUGCAUUGUGUUAAAACACGGAAGUAAUUAAUAUUUCCGCUACAAUCUCUGUUCUUUUAAUUACACCUACAGUAUAAAAAUAAUGUAGUUAUUAACCAGUUAUACUUACUUUGAUAAAAAUGUGGGGCCUCUUUCUGUUUGCUACCUUAUUGGGACUGGGUGAUUCAACUCAAAAUUACAGCCGGGAAGCUCUUCAGGAAAAAUAUCCCGGAUUUGGCACUGAAUGGAUUCCAGUAGGCCAGAAAGAGAACGGCGAAUUGAUUAUUGGUUAUUUUGCAAAUGAUUCAGAUGACGCUAGAUUUAUCUUUCCUCCUGAACCACAAGAAGUUGUAACUUUUACUCUUUACACCAGACAACACCCUCAGGGUACCAAAGUUGAAGAUUCUUUCGAAGAAAUUGAAAAAAUUUUCGAUAAAAGUAAACCAAGCAAAUUUGUGACUCAUGGAUGGAUGUCAAGUGGUACUGCUGACACUUGUGUAAAAAUUAAAGAUGGGUUUUUGAAAAAAUACGACGCGAAUGUAUUUAUAAUGGAUUGGAGUGAAAUUUCUGGCAAUGUUCUUUAUCCAAUCCCAAUGAGGGCCACUAAAUCGGUGGGAGACUUCUAUUCUCAAUUUCUAAACAAACUUGUCGAUUUUGGUGCCGAUCCCAAAAAUUUUCAUUUGGUAGGUCAUAGUUUAGGCGCACAUGUCACUGGAUUUGGAGCUCGAGGUGUAAAAGCCAAAGUUGGUAGAGUGACCGGUCUUGAUCCAGCAUUGCCUGGUUUCAACAUGGGUUUGGUCGAAGGCGGACAUCUGGACAAGGCCGAUGCCGAUUUUGUGGAUGUGAUUCAUACUUGUGCAGGCUAUUUGGGAAUGAGUAGCUCAAUAGGACAUGCUGAUUUCUAUCCAAAUGGAGGAAGUGUCCCCCAACCUGGCUGUGAAAAUAUUUUUGAAAUGAUAGAAGCUUGCAGUCAUGGUCGAAGUUGGGCUUAUUUUGCUGAAAGUUUGACUGCUGAAGUACCUUUUAUGGCGUAUCGUUGUGAUUCGUUUGAAAAUUUCUUGCAGAAAGAAGAAUAUAGGGAGGAAGGAAUACCGAUGGGAGAUCCAGCUCCGUCUUCAGCUCGGGGAAUUUAUUAUUUAAGAACACAGGGUGAGGCCCCAUUUGUUGUAAAAGAUAUUCAGGAAAAUGUAAACAAUAUCAUAAAGACAUAA